UUAAUUUUUAUAAACCCUAGUCUUAUGAAGUUAAAUGCAUAAUUUGCCAGUAACUCACUUAAACUCUCAUCUUCUUUGAAUUUUUCAGGUGGAUUUUUCCUGUAUUGGGCAUAAUGGAGCAGAAGCCUCGGAUGCUGGUGCCAAGACUGAAAUUGGGUACCCAAGGGCUGGAGGUUUCUAAACCGGGUUUUGGUUGUGGGGGACUUUCUGGCAUACUAAAUGCUCCACUCUCGCAUGAAGCUGGAUGUGCGAUUUUGAAAGAAGCAUUCAAUAUGGGUAUCACCUUCUUUGACACUGCUGAUCGCUAUGGACAGGAGGGCGACAAUGAGAUAAUGAUUGGCAAGGCGUUAGAAGAGUUGCCUCGUGAACAAGUUCAACUAGCAAGUAAAUUUGGCAUUUAUAAGCUGGAUUUCACUCAAGUAGAGGUCAAAGGAACUCCUAAGUAUGUGCGGCAAUGCAUCGAAGCCAGUCUUAAGCGGCUGAAUGUGGAUUACAUUGAUCUGUAUUAUCCGCACCGGAUAGACAUAUCUGUGCCAAUAGAGGAAACGAUGUGGGAGCUAAAGAAGCUAGUGGAAGAGGGAAAGAUUAGAUACAUUGGGUUGUCCGAAGCUAGUGUGGAUACAAUCAGGAGGGCACAUGCAGUUCAUCCAAUAACUGCUGUAGAAAUGGAGUAUUCUCUAUGGACUCGUGAAAUAGAAGAGGAUGUAAUCCCACUUUGUAGGGAACUUGGUAUUGGAAUUGUAGCUUAUAGCCCUCUUGGUCAUGGAUUCUUUGCUGGGAAGGCAAUUGUGGAGAGCUUGCCUUCAAAGAGUUUUCUGGUUAAGCACCCAAGGUUUGCUGGAGAGAAUCUAGAGAAGAACAAAGUACUUUAUGCUCGUUUUGCCAAUUUAGCAGCCAAGCAUUCUUGCACUCUUCCUCAACUAGCUCUGGCAUGGCUUCUCCAUCAGGGAGAUGAUGUGGUUCCAAUACCUGGAACAACAAAGAUUAAGGACCUUAUUGACAACAUUAAUUCUCUAGCUGUCAAGCUGACACCUGGUGACUUGAAAGAAAUAGCUGAUGCAAUUCCCAUCGAUCAAGUUGCUGGAGAAAGAGAAGUUGUCCUCUUCUCAAAAUAC